AUGAUAACGAUAUCGUUUGCUAAAAAAUUUGUUAUUGUUUUUGUUUUAUAUUUUUAUGUCGAUGGUUAUAAAUUGCCAAGAAGUUGUAAGUCUGGUCAGUUUUAUGAGCCAAGUUUGAUGGAUUGCCUGGAUUGUCCUGUUAAUGCAUCGUUAGUCACAUCCGCUGAUGGAUUUGCAUGUACCUGUGAGGAGCAUAGUGUAGCGACAAGUAUUGCACGUUGUAAGCCAUGCAACGUCACCGAAGUCGUUUCCUCUGAUGAAACUACUUGUGUUCCUCGAAGAUGUCAAAGCUCCGCGGGUCGUAUAGUUUGCAGAAAGUGUCCACAGGAUCACAUUUCAGUGACACAAUUAUUCGAUGGUUCACCAGUGAAAGAAGUCCAGUGUGUUAAGUGUGCUCGUGGCUACAAAGUUUUUGAUAACCGUUGUGUCAAAUGUGAGGCUUGUUCGUGUAAAAAGCACGAAGUAAUCGUAAGAGGAAGAUGUAUACCGAAAAAAUAUAUUUUAAGUCGACCUAAAUACAUUGAGAAUCAAUUGCAUCCAAAUGAACUAUUAGAGAUAGUAAAAUUGGAAUAUUUGUGUACGCAACAAGACUUUAGAGCGUGUCGUAGUUUAGCGAGCGCUUGCGUUCGUAAUUUCUAUUCAUUGGAUCCCGCAGGACCUUGUAGGCUUUGGCUUCAACCUAAUUUAGGAGAAAUCAAAGGACUCCCGUUGCUUACGAUAGAUGCUUCGAAAAACAGUAAUCCAGUUAUCUCUUUAGAUCGUGAAAAAGUAAGUGCGUUUGUUGAUAAUAUGAUAUGGCGUCAUUACUGUAGUAGCAAUGAAGAUUUUAUACAAAAUCGAGAUAUAUACAUAAAAAUAGCAACGGGAAUCCACACCAGGGUUGGAGGAUUAGAUUUAUUUUUAGAUACGAAUGACCGUCCAAAUACAUGUCUUCCACCAAUCAACGUUAAGAUUGGUGAAGAUUUUUCACAUGACUGUUUAAAAAAUGUAACUAAACUUACAGAGGAUGAUUUUGGAGGUAUAAUUGAACUAUACAUACCUUCUGAAACGAGCUUAGGGCUUCUUCCAAUUAAACUAAUAAAACCAAAUGGUUAUGAUAUUCAGAAACAAAAAUGGCCAUCGAAACAAUUUAGAAAAUUUUUCCUAUUCUAUAAGUUUCUGUCAACGGUUACAAAUACCACUAACACUGUUUAUUUACGAACACUUCUGUUUCAAAUAAGAAUGAAUCGAGGCUCGGUAAGACGGCCGUUCCUGACAGCGAGGCGUCCUCGACCGCUUCAUCAUCCGACCGAGGCGGGUCUCUCCGAGCUGCACCAGAGAUUGUGUCGGAGUCUGCUGCAUCUUGAGGUUUUAAAGGAAAAAAAAAAAAAACACAUGAUAGAGCGCGAUGCGUCUACGUUUGGUCUACGUCUGCAAAUUACUGUCGAAGGUCAUUACGCUACAAAAUCUCCUUUGACAGAUAUCGUCACGACAUCUCUCAGAGUUGAACAUGAGAUGCCCAUGGCUGGCGUUCUACGAGGUUUGGAAAUAUCCGGGGGAGUUUUUGGAUCUUUGAUGACAUUGUACGCUUUAUUGCAAUGGAGGGGAGUCCUGAGACGGGGUGGGCUUUGUUUUGUUGUUGUGCCUUUGCUGUCGAGUUGUAUAGCCGAUGGUCUUUAUUUCGCGAUAUUAAUAUCGGCGUUCCACGCGCUGGUUGCGGAAGCAGGGACUCUCGCACUCACUCUACCGCUGUCUCAAGCCGAGGAACAAGCUAUAGAGGCGGUAGUUUAUAGCGUCAUUUGUUUAAAGGCACUUAAAGUUUUUUGGAUAAAUUGGAACCAAUGUCGGUGUGACAUAUUCUUCAUAGACUGGUCGAAAUAUAAUCCUCCUAUUAGAGAUGUAUUUAUUCAAAAUAAGCCAAAAAAUUGGAAAGAAGCCAUCUUGGCUAAAGAAUGGAUGUCAAAACAAACAAAACGUAGAGUUUCACCCGGCUUCACUGCUGUCAGCACUUUGUUGAUUUUACAUUUUUUAGAACAAACAUCAAUGAAUCUAUCAAAGAGCCAAGGAUACAAAUGGGUUAUUGCAUCCGUAGCUUGGUGGAGUUGUUAUACAAUACUAUUGUGUACAAGGAUCUUAAUCGAUAAAUUCAUUAAAUCUUCAUCAAUCAAGUUGACGAAAAUAUGUUCUGAUUUGGAACUUUCAUUAUUGAUAUUUGAGCAUGAGAAUUAUGCGCAUUACGUGGAUGGAAGAAAUGAAGAUUUAAAUGACUUCAGGCUGACCGUUCACGCUUUACAAACAUGUCGUGUUGUUUGUUCGCCUCAGUUGAGAAAUGUAUAUAAAAAGCUGACAAAUAACGGUGAACUUGACCACAAUUCGAACCGUGCACUUUUGUCUCAGUUUUUGAGUGCAUUUUUUGAAAGGGCAUUAGACGGUCUAAACUGGGUGGCCAGUGAGAGAACAAUAUUUGAGAAAUUAUUUGAUGUUGAAUUUAUGGAAAGAGAGGGCGGCAGCACUAGUGUAUUACUCUACGAUGGUGACGUCACAACGCCAUCAUGUUUUGCUGUUACGUGGUGGGGAGAAGAGUGGACGCUGGCAACAUUCGACUCUAUGUUAUUUGGCUGUAUUGUGAUAAUGACCGGCAAUUCUGUUUUAUCUGCGUUAAUUACCCUAAUAACGUGGCAAAUUAUGAAAUGUACUCGAGAUUUCUUCGGAAAUUUGAAUGUAAAAAAUAAAGUCGGCUUAAAUAAUUAA